AUGGGUAAAAAAGCCAUUGACUCGAGAAUCCCGGCACUUAUCCGGAAUGGUGUGCAAGAGAAGCAGCGGAGCUUUUUCAUCAUUGUGGGCGACAAGGCCCGCAACCAGCUUCCCAACUUACACUACUUGAUGAUGAGCGCAGACUUGAAAAUGAAUAAAUCGGUGCUUUGGGCAUACAAAAAACAACUUUUGGGGUUCACGUCGCAUAGAAAGAAGAGAGAAAACAAGAUUAAAAAGGACAUUAAGCGUGGAGUUCGUGACAUCAACGACCAGGAUCCGUUUGAGGCGUUCAUCUCCAACCAGAACAUCAGAUAUGUAUACUAUAAGGAAACAGAGAAGAUCUUGGGUAACACUUAUGGAAUGUGUAUCUUACAAGACUUUGAGGCCAUCACUCCAAACUUGUUGGCUAGAACCGUGGAGACCGUCGAAGGAGGAGGAAUCGUUGUGAUGCUUUUAAAGUCCAUGACCUCUUUGAAGCAGCUUUACACAAUGACCAUGGAUAUCCACUCGCGCUAUAGAACCGAGGCUCAUGACGACGUGGUUGCUCGUUUCAAUGAGCGUUUCCUCUUGUCUUUAGGUCUGUGCGAGACAUGUUUGGUUGUGGAUGAUGAACUUAACGUCUUGCCUAUUUCUGGAGGAAAGCAUGUCAAGGCCCUUCCACCAGCCGACGACGAUGAUUUGACCCCCAAACAGCAAGAGUUGAAGGAAUUGAAAGAGUCUUUGGCUGAUGUUCAACCCGCAGGAUCACUUGUGGGUCUCGCCAGAACCGUUAAUCAAGCCCAGGCCAUUUUGACAUUUGUCGAUGUGAUUUCUGAGAAAACCUUGAGAAACACAGUAACUUUGACUGCUGGAAGAGGUAGAGGUAAGUCUGCGGCCUUGGGUAUUGCUAUUGCAGCCGCCAUCUCGCAUGGAUACUCCAACAUCUUUGUCACCUCCCCAUCGCCAGAGAACUUGAAGACACUCUUCGAGUUCAUCUUCAGAGGUUUCGAUGCUUUGGGAUACACAGAGCACAUGGACUACGACAUUAUCCAGCUGACCAACCCAGCGUUCAACAAGGCCAUUGUGCGUGUAGAUGUCAAGAGAGCACACAGACAGACCAUUCAAUACAUUUCGCCAAACGACCACCAGGUGUUGGGCCAGGCCGAAUUGGUCAUCAUUGAUGAAGCCGCAGCCAUCCCCUUGCCUGUUGUUAAGAAGCUCAUGGGUCCAUACUUGGUAUUCAUGGCAUCGACCAUCAAUGGUUACGAAGGUACCGGCCGUUCUCUUUCGUUGAAGUUGAUCCAGCAGUUGAGAGAGCAGUCGGCGGGCAGAACCGAUACGGAAAUCGUAUCUCGUGACAACAGAGCCGUGGAAGAUGCCAGCUUGGCCCGUUCUUUGCGUGAAGUCGUGUUGGAUGAGCCAAUCAGAUACGCCCCUGGUGAUCCAGUAGAGAAGUGGCUCAACAAGCUCUUGUGCUUGGACGCCACCUUGACGAAAAACUCGAAAUUUGCUACCAAGGGUACUCCCCACCCUUCCGAAUGUAACUUGUUCAUUGUCAACAGAGACACCUUGUUCUCUUACCAUCCAGUGUCGGAGACUUUCUUGCAAAAGAUGAUGGCUCUUUACGUUGCAUCGCACUACAAGAACUCGCCCAAUGACUUGCAACUUAUGAGUGAUGCUCCAGCCCACCAACUCUAUGUGUUGUUGCCUCCACUUGCCCCAGGCGACAAUAGAGUUCCAGAUCCACUUUGUGUUGUGCAAUUGGCUCUUGAAGGUGAAAUCUCCAAGGACUCUGUUCGUAGAUCGUUGUCGAGGGGCCAGCGUGCUGGAGGAGACUUGAUUCCAUGGCUUGUGUCGCAGCAGUUCCAAGACGAGGAGUUUGCGUCGUUGUCGGGAGCCAGAGUGGUGAGAAUCGCUACCAACCCAGAUUAUGCCGGCAUGGGUUAUGGUUCAAGAGCUUUGGACUUGUUGAAGGACUACUUUGAAGGCAAAUUUACCGAUAUCUCUGAGUCCAACGAGUUGGGUGACCACAGCUUGAAGAGAGUCACCAAUGAAGAGUUGGCUAACGCCUCGCUCAAGGAUGAGAUCAAGCUUCGUGAUGCCAAGUCGCUCCCUCCACUUUUGUUGAAGUUGUCCGAAAGACCUCCAUAUGCUUUGAACUACUUGGGAGUUUCCUACGGUUUGACUCCACAAUUGCAUAAGUUCUGGAAACGGUCUGGGUUUGUUCCUGUUUACUUACGUCAAACAGCUAACGACUUGACUGGCGAACAUACCAGUGUUAUGCUCCAUGUAUUGAGUGGAAACAACGACGCAUGGCUUCAUGAGUUUGCCAAAGACUUCCACAAGAGAUUUUUGAAUUUGUUGUCUUACGAAUUCCACAAGUUUCCUGCUGUCCAGGCUCUCAACAUUGUGGAGUCUACAGGUGAUAUCAAGGCUCCUUCUUUGACCAGAUCGGAGUUGGAUGCAUUGUUGUCUCCAUUUGACUUGAAGAGAUUGGAAUCCUACGCCAACAACUUGUUGGACUACCAUGUCAUUUUGGACAUGAUGCCAUUGAUUGCCAUGCUCUACUUCUCCAAGAAGGCGGACGGCGUGUCGUUGUCAUCGGUUCAGGCUGCCAUUCUUAUGGCCAUUGGUUUGCAACACAAGAACAUGGAUGAUAUUUCCAGCGAGUUGAACUUGCCUGCUUCGCAGUCGAUGGCAAUGUUCUCCAAGAUUGUGAGAAAGUUUUCCACCUACUUCAGAAACGUGUUGAGUAAGGAUAUCGGAAGCUCGAUGCCUGUUGUCGAAGAAGACUCGCUUCGUGAGAUGAACGGAGAGGAGAUUUCCAGAUACGAUGCUGCAGAGGUUGAGAGUGCCAUGGCCAAAGACUUGGACGAGGCGGGAGAUGAGGCUGUUUCUGAGUUGAAGAUGAAGCAGAGGGAGUUGAUCAAUGCAUUGAAUUUGGACAAGUACGCCAUCGACGAGAACGACGCAGAAUGGGACGAUGCUGAGGCUCAAAAGGCCGCAGCCAAGAAGGGAGUGGUUAGUGUUAAGGGCAAGAAGUCCAAGAGAAAGGCUGAAAGUGCUGAGCAGAUUUAUGAAAGCGAGAUGAAAGCUUCCACCAAGAAGCCCAAGAAGAGUAAGAAGUAA